AUGAACGUUAGAAGAGAUCUUCACCCGAUUCUCUUGUUCUGCGUCGCAGUUUUAGCUCUAUCUCUCAAUGUCGACGCUAGAACCGGUCUAGCCCGCGAUGCUGCUGCUGCUCCAUCACCGAACGGUGAGGUUUCUCCGGAGGAUACCGAUUCACAUGUGAACAAACCAGGAACGAAUCAUUCUGUUUUGUGGUCGGAGCUUGGUCUUUUCUUGGCGUUACUCGGCAUGCUCGCUUAUGUGGUGAAUGUAAGGAUCACAAGAUCAUUGAAGGAAGAAAAGAAGGCGGUCAAAACCAGUACCGUUGGCGGCUCUUCCCCUAAAAUUGAUUCUCCGGUGAAGGAAGUAAAGCAGCAGCAGGAGCAGGAGCAGGAGGUCGGAAGACAAUCUGGGCUGGUUUUCUUUGUGAGGGAAGAGGAACAAUUUAAGCUGGAAAACCUUCUUGAUGCUGGAGCUGAUAUGCAAAACCAGAACUAUUGCAGCAGUCUUUAUAAGGUUCAGCUUAACAACAAUGGUGUUUAUGCUGUCAAGAGAUUGAAGAAAUUGCAGGAAUCGUAUGAUGACUUUGAUCGUACAAUGACAAUGGUCGGGAAGUUGAAUCAUCCGAACAUUAUUCCGCUUGUCGCUUAUAGUUGUCAGGGUGACGAAAAGCUUCUGAUUUACAAGUAUCAGAAGAAAGGGAGCCUUCUCUCGCUGAUGGAAAGGUAUAUUGAAGGGAAGAGGGAUUUCCCAUGGAAACUCCGGUUGUCUAUGGCCGUUGGUAUCGCGAGGGGUUUGGAUCACAUAUACAGAAGCUUCGAAGGCUCGGAGACGAUUCCCCAUGGAAAUAUCAAGCUUUCUAACAUUUUGUUGGACGAGAAUCACGAAGCAUUAAUAAGUGAAUACGGGUACUCAAAUUUCCUAGAUCCCAAGAGCGUUUGCCUCUUCAGCAAUAACGGUUAUACAGCCCCAGAAAGAUGUCUAUCUGAACAAGGGGACGUGUUCAGCUUCGGAGUCAUUCUAUUAGAGCUACUAACAGGAAAGAUAGUCGAAAAGAGCGGUUUAGACCUUCCGAAAUGGGUGAAGGCGAUGGUGAGAGAAGAAUGGACCGGAGAGGUGUUCGAUAAGGAGAUUGCAAAGGUUGGAAUGUACGCUUUUCCUCUCUUGAACGUUUCCCUCAAAUGCGUGGCUCAUUUUCCCGAGAACCGGCCCGGGAUUGGUGAGGUUUUGGAGAAGAUUAUGGAGGUCUGUAACGCACAAGAAGAUUUUUCGUGUUCAUCAUCCGUGGAGUCGAGUUCACAAGAUGGUCAUGCGCUUUAUUCGGUGGCCGAGGAGAAUUGA